GCCCGGCCCCUGGGCGCCGCCAUGUUGGAGGCGCAGGGAGGGAGUCAUGGCUGCGAACGCUCGAGCUGCAUACAGAGCCGGGCCAGCUCCGCCGGGGAGAUGCUGGAAGUGCGGCCGGGGCUGUUUCUAGGUGGCGCCGCGGCCAUCGAGGAGCUGGACCACCUGAGGGAGGCGGGCAUCACGGCCGUGCUGACGGUGGACUCGGAGGAGCCCGACAUCAAGGCGAGGGCUGGGUUCGAGGGACUACGGAGUCUCUUCGUGCCAGCGCUGGACAAACCCGAGACCGACCUGCUCAGCCAUCUGGACCGGUGCGUGGCUUUCAUCUGCCAGGCCCGCGCCGAGGGCUGCGCGGUGUUGGUGCACUGUCAUGCAGGAGUCAGUCGAAGUGUGGCUGUAAUGACUGCUUUUAUGAUGAAGACUGACCAGCUUACCUUUGAAAAAGCCUAUGAAAACCUCCAGACUGUCAAACCAGAGGCUAAGAUGAAUGAGGGGUUUGAGUGGCAACUGAAAUUAUACCAGGCAAUGGGAUAUGAGGUAGAUACCUCUAGUGCAAUUUAUAAACAGUAUCGUUUACAGAAGGUUACAGAAAAGUAUCCAGAACUGCAGAACUUACCUCAAGAACUCUUUGCUGUUGACCCAUCUGCCAUUUCACAAGGAUUGAAAGAUGGGAUUCUCUACAAAUGUAGAAAGUGCAGGCGAUCGUUAUUUCGAAGUUCUAGCAUUUUGGAUCAUAAUGAAGGAAGUGGUCCUAUAGCAUUUGCCCACAAGAGAAUGACACCAUCUUUCAUGCUUACCACAGGGAGUCAGGCUCAGUGUACAUCUUAUUUUAUUGAACCUGUACAGUGGAUGGAAUCUACUUUGUUAGGAGUGAUGGAUGGACAGCUUCUUUGCCCCAAAUGCAAUGCCAAGUUGGGUUCUUUCAACUGGUAUGGUGAACAGUGCUCAUGUGGUAGAUGGAUAACACCUGCUUUUCAAAUACAUAAGAAUAGAGUGGAUGAAAUGAAAGUGCUGCCGGUUUUGGGAUCACAAAUAAGAAAAAUAUGAACUUGUGACAUUUGAUAACUUGGGAAGAAACUUGCUGAUGAUAUGUGCUACCCUUGCUUAUUGUCAUUCAUGGCAGAGUGCCUAAUUUUAGGCCAUCCACAUUUCAUUUGAAAUGUGAGAAGAUAAAAUCACUUGCUGUGACUUGGAAGCUAUGCUUUGUUGGAUUCUUACACUAUUUAAGUAGAAUAUAUCAUAUGAAAAUGAAAACUUUUUAAUCAUGUAAAUUAUACUUUAUUUGAUAUUAAAAUCUUCUGUAACCCAGAUAUUUUCUUUUUUUCACUUUUUUUUAAAGUUCUGAUUUUUGGAAUGUUUGCUAGGUAAUCUUAAGUUCUGGAUGGACAAAGUUAUAUACAAAAAUUGGAAAUUAUGUUUAAAUAGAGAUUCUUUUAUUUGUAGAAAUGUAAAGCAGAUUUAUUUGGACAUAUUUUGACAUUUAUUUCUCUUUCUUUUAAGAGAUAUUAGUAAAUCUACAUAUGUCUGGAUUUUUCUUGGACAUGCAGAAGGCAAGUCCAUUAGUAAAAUACUGACUAAAACGUGGUGGUCUUAUUACUGUUCAGGAAUCCCAAUUAUCUAAAUUUUUAGAAAACUGUGUUUGAGAUACUUUUUGAAGUGAUCUACUUAAAGAAAUGUAUUAAUGUUAGGUGUAUUCUAAUGGUAAAGAAAAUAAAUGUGCAGUAAACACGUAUCAAUCACCUUUUUGGCCCGAUAUGUUAGAGUAUUGAAAAAGGUAGUAUGUCCAGAUUAGCUUUUGAAACUGGAAUUUAUUUUACUCUGGAAACUGGAAUUUAUUUUACUCAUUACUAAGAGAAUUGCACCUAAUUAGAACAUUUAUGUGAAAUCAGAAUUAGCUAAUAAAGAGAAAUAUAGUCCAUGUUCCUAAGGCAUUUAGUAUAUUUACACAUGUGAGUCUAUCUAUAUGUACAUAAGCACCAAAGUGAGAGUCAUUUUAAAUACAAAAAAAAUGUGAAUAAUGAUUCUCUUAAAAAGUGUAGGAGUGUUACAGAUGAUUCUUAAGAAUAUCUCAACAUAGUAUCUGAAGCCUUUGGCAGCUUUUAAUAACUUUUUCUUAAGAGAAAAAAUUUCUCCACUUCUGUCUUAGCUUUCACAGUAUCUGUUUACUUCUUUAUCAUAUUACACUCUAGAAAGUUUUAGAAAACAAUUAGGUUGAACCAUGUGAAGUUGCCCCUUUUGUAGGUAAAAAGUAGUUCAGUAGCAGCAGUUUCAUAUGGUUGAAGUUAAUACCUAUCCAUUGCACACUGUGGCAUCUAGUACAGAGAAAAUGACAUAGGUUUUAUUUGAGUUUAUAGUUGUCAAUAAAUAUUUAUUAAGCACUUAUUAUAUGCACAAUUCUAGGUGAUACACUGAACAAACUAGAUAAAGCCCCUGCCUUCUUGAAAGUUACAUUCUAGUCAGGAGACAGAGAAAAUAGCACCUUUUUUGAAAGAUAAUUGGUAUUUGGCAGUGAGGAAUGAUUUUGGGAAACUUUAUGAAAAUUUUGAAGUUUUGUGAAACAUCCACUAAGUAAAAUUUUCAGAUUUAAAAUACUUUAAUGUUUUACUUUUUGGAGGUAGAGAGAAAUUCCAUUAUGCCUUUUUGUUAAUAAAACAAACAAAAAACUCAGAUGGAACCCUUUUGUUUUAAUGUUUAGGAAUAUCAGUUGAGAACAUUGGAAUGUACACAUUUGUUGAGAAUGGCAAUAUUAACCUCAUUUCAGAGGCAAUGUUGUACAGCGAAAAUAGCACUGAAGUAGAAGUUGAGAGUGGGCUCUAAUAAUUCUGGCUCCACUGAUUACAUCUUCCUGGAAUUGAGCAGGUUUCUUGAAAAUUGAGAGUCAUUUUUCUUCUUCACAAAAUGGAUUAAUAUGUGCCCUGCCCUCCUGACAGCAUUGUUUUGAAAAUCAUUUGCAAUAGCCUUAAUACCUUUUUAUAUAAAAUAGAGAUAACAGUAUCCACAUCUGGAUUAUUAAGAAGAUUUUUGUGACAUAAUGCCGAUAAAGAACUUUAGUAUAGUGCUUAGCUAGUAGCAUUUGGCAUUCUUCCUAAAAAUAGCUGCAUUUUAUCGAGCACUUAAUGUUCCAGUCACUAUCCUAAACACUUAAUGUGUAUUACCUAAUUUAAUCCUUGCAACAGCCCUGAGAUAGAUCUGUUCCUAUUUUACAGGUGAAAUUGAGGCUUAGAAAGAUUAAGUCCCUUAAAGUUACACUGUUAACAAAUGAACCUAGAUUAGAAGCAAGAUUUGGCUUUCUCCAAAAUCUGAGUUUUAAUCUUUGUAUUCUAAUGUUUGGAUUCACUGUUCAGGAUGAUACAUGUCUUAAAGAUGUCAUACUGAAAAUACCAACCAGAUUGUAAAGUCUAAUAGUACCAAUGAAAUGCAAUUUUUAACUAAGCUAUAAAUCUACUAGUCAGGCAAACCACCAACAUUUAAAUGCAGGGUUCAGACGAGUGCAGAUCUAAACCUACAUACUAUUUGCCUAAAUAUUUAAAAAAUUAUAAAUAAAGCUACCAAACUAUUACGUAAAAUGUUUCAUUAUCUUGACAAAUAUGUCUUCAUAAUGACCUGGAAGACAAGGUUUGAAUUUAGAAUUCUCUGACUUUGUGGAGUUUGAUGACAAAGCAUAGAAAUGUGUCAAGAGUUGGCCCCUAACCCACAGACUGCCCCUUUUCCCCACCCCUGGAUUUUUCUAGUGCAUAUGUUUAUGUGGACUCCCCAUCUGACAUUUCUAAGCUCUUUUCUACCCCUCUGGCAUACACCGUUGGCACAGUUCUCCCUUAGGAAGUCAGAGGCCUGAGCAAACCCUAGAAGCAGACUUGGAGCUAUUUGGGUAUCAGAAGCAUGUCUAGAAGGGGACAUGUGUUCUGGCUGGGCACAUCACUUUGGCAUUGUGGAUUCUUAACCUGUGGGAAGAGACAUUACCAGGUGCCAGAGUAGAGUCCUAAGUGUGAAUCUAGGCAAGGGGCUAGUUUAUGUCUCUAGGCUCUCAAAAUUCAUUUUUCUUCCAAGGGUUUAAGCUGAAAGCAAAUGAGGAAUAAAUUUAAAAGUAUUCAAUAACAUUCAACAUUUAUGACUUUAAAAGAAGCAUGGUAACUUGAAUGAAAGGAAGCUUCCUUUAACAAUGUACAUAUAAAAAAAUCUACAGACACAGCACAUUUCUUAAUGAAAAUUGAAAAUAAGUUUCCUUGUAUUUAAAGAAAAAGUCUCCAGAAAUAAAUCCUGCAAAAACAAAUGAGAAAACAAAAUAAAAACCAGUCAAGCCUCUAGAUUUUACAGUCAGCAGAAUCACAAAGUGGGAAAUUCUACUGGACAAAUGACAGAUUCUUGUCUCCUGUUUGAAAUUUUCCAUACUAAAGAUGAAUAAAGAUUGUAAUGUUAAAUAAAUAAAAUGUAUUUUAAAAUGCUA